UCAGUAGGUUACGGCGUAAAUGUGGCUCAGCAUGACCAUCCGAAUUUGGAGCUGUGUUUACAAGUGAUCGGGUGCAAUGGUAUUUCAUUUAUUUCGUCAAUUAUUGUCGCAAUUAUAGCCAGAAAACAUUUGAAAGAACAUUCUUUAUUUGUCUGAUUGUUACCCGUAUACCGGUGAAACAAGAUGAGUGCCGAAGAAGUGAGAGCACAUCAAGUUAAGCUGUAUGUUUACGACUUGACCAAAGGUAUAGCCCGUUCGAUGUCCCAGGCAUUCCUCGGUAAGCAGCUUGAUGGGAUAUGGCACACCUCAAUCGUUGUCUUUGCCAGGGAAUAUUUUUAUGGUGGUGGCGGAAUAGAGUCCUGCAGACCUUGUGGGACGAUUCUUGGAAACCCUGACAGUGUUCUGGACCUUGGCGAGACCUACCUUGAUUAUCCGUUGUUCUAUGAAUAUAUGUCAAAUCUUCGUGAAGAAAUGUUUUGUGGUGAAAAGUACAAUCUGUUUGAACACAAUUGUAACACGUUUAGCAACGAGGUUGCUCAGUUUCUGACGGGCAAUGAAAUCCCAGACUACAUCACAGGUCUUCCGCAAGAGAUUCUGACUACGCCACUUGGUGCCUUGAUUAAGCCUUUAAUAGACUCCAUGUCAGCAAAUCCGAUCCGGCCGAGAACCAAUGAAUACCUAGAGCCAGUUCCGCAGCCUAGCUACCUUCAGGAUACUGACCAAUCACAAGCCUCAGCUGCCAGUGCAAUUGCUACUGACAAUGAUAACAAGGACCAAGUGAAGACUGAUGGUACUAGUACGCUUAAUGGUGCUGAUCCUGAUCCUGCGAUAAAUGGGGUCAGUGAUCCUGCUGUUGCUGAUAUUAAGGCAAGUGAGGGCGCUGCAAUAAGUGAUUCAAAAUCGAAACUUCCAGUGGUAUCCAAGAAACAAUUGUUUACAGAUGCCAAGCCAGGUGAAUGUGUUCAAUGCAUUUUGGAGAAUGUGCCCGACGGAAUCUUGUCACCGGGAGAAAAAGAUUCACUAAAUGCACUGCGGAAGUAUCUGGAUGAAGAAAUGGAUCUUACAGGUAUCCCAAAUGACGGAUUUCUUGCUCUGUGUAAUAUAUGCAAAUGGGGACAGGGUUUUAGCUGGCUAAUCUCUGACCGUGAGUGGACAUUGAAUGGUGUGUCUACCCAGAACAGUAAGAUUACAUGUGCGUUGUUGACGCCGGCAUUGCUGUGUGACAAUUUAGAGAUUAUCGAGGCUGCUGGGACUCUAGUUAACAACUUGGCACAACAUGCUGUUCCUGAAGACAUGGCCAUUGAACUGGGAAGUGCUUUGAUUCAAUGUUUGACCACUAUGUCAGAGGUCACAGAAGGAGCAGCAUUCUUCUGCCUAGGUGGACUGUACGGAUUGAUGCAACAUGGCGAAGUCACAUGCCUUACAUCUGUUAUGGGAUUGGAUCCCCAGAAAUUCGCAGCUCGCUCGCAACGAUUAGAAAUUCUGUGUGGUGAUAUGCAUUCAGUUAUGCAAGAAAGCUAGAACACAGAAAUGCCAAAAUAUGUCAUGAAUUAUUUAUUAGGCAUGGCUAUUGAUACACAGUAUUAAACCGAUUCCUGAUUGGAUGUUAUUGUAUGUAAGGUUUGGAUUAGGACAGUAACAUCCAAUCAGAAUUAAGUUUAAGGCUGGUGUAACAAGAGUAUAUUUAUUAUGCUUUUUAGUUUUCACAAAGCAUCAACUAUAUUUUAAAGCUCUUUUAACGUAUAACUAGAUACUAAUGAUUCUGUUUAGCACCACUAAAUAAUAUAUAAUAAAAUCAGAAAUGGUAGUUAGUUAUGGUGUGGUAAAAAGAUUACUGUAUCAUUAAAGUGUUGCAAUAUUAGAAACAUAA